AUGGAUACUCUCGAAAAAGAGUCCAAUUCAAACCAACCAACCCUCAAUGAAGGGGACAGCAUCAGCAAUAUAACCCCGGACCUUGAAAAACAAUCAACAAAAGAAACUACUGAGACACCGGAAGCAACCAAAGAAUUAUUCCCAGAAACAGACCUCAGCCGCGGAAUAGUAGGCUGGGAUGGACAAGAUGACCCUCACAAUCCUCAAAACUUCCCCGUCAAAAGGAAAUGGGUCUUGCUCUCCUUGAUCAGUAUCAUGACUCUGAUCUCCCCGCUCGCCUCGAGCAUGUUCUCGCCCGCUAUCUCAUAUGUGGCAGCGGAGUUCCAAGUAACAGAACAGACAAUCUUGUCUUUCAGUGUUAGCAUAUAUAUUCUUGGAUAUGCAUUCGGUCCCCUUCUACUCGCUCCUCUGAGCGAAGUAUAUGGCCGCCGCAUUGUGCUCAGCGGUGCAAAUUGGUUCUUUGUGGUCUGGCAGAUCGGUUGCGCACUCUCCAACAACAUCGAGACUCUCAUCGUGUGCCGCCUCUUGGCCGGAAUCGGCGGUUCGGGAUGUUUAACACUUGGUGCCGGCGUAAUCGCAGAUCUGUUCCCGCGCGAGCAGCGCGGCAUGGCAACCUCCAUUUGGGCCAUGGGGCCACUCAUUGGACCUGUGGUUGGACCUAUCGCUGGUGGAUUCCUCGGACAGCAAGCUGGCUGGCGCUGGGUGUAUUGGGUACUGCUCAUUGUGGGUGCUGUGGCGUCGGCCGGAGUUGAGGUUAUGAACCAGGAGACGUAUGCCUAUGUCCUUAUUCGGUGGAAGACCCAGAAACUCGCCAAGGAGACAGGCAGGACAGAUUUGCGCAGUGCUUAUGACACAAAUAAGGAGCCUGCUGGUUUGAAAGAGAACAUGGUGACGAGUUUCAAGAGGCCGGUUGCGCUGUUAAUCAAGUCACCGAUUGUGUUCCUUCUGUGUGUUUAUAUGUCUUUCAUUUACGGCCUCCUCUACCUCUUCUUCACCACCAUCCCCGGCGUCUUCACUAAGCAAUAUGGAUUCUCCGUUGGUCUCUCAGGACUUGCAUAUCUCGGUAUUGGCUUCGGUUUCUUUGGCGGUCUCGCAAUGAUCGCCUUCACAAAUGAUCGGUUGGUUAUGGCAGCGACAAAAAAGAACGGCGGCAAGUUCGAACCCGAGAUGCGUCUCCCAACAAUGACACUCUUCGCCUGCAUCCUGCCCAUCAGCUUCUUCUGGUAUGGCUGGACUGCCGAAAAGCACGUGUUUUGGAUCGUGCCUAUCAUUGGCAUGUUCCCCUUCGGAGUCGGCAUGAUGGGCGUGUAUAUGCCCAUCCAGACAUAUAUCAUCGAUUGCUAUCCCAAAUAUGCGGCCUCCGCCAAUGCCACUUUGACAGCGACUCGCUCCCUGGUUGGAGCUCUGCUUCCGCUUGCUGGGCCUAAGAUGUUCGCGGCUCUGGGUCUCGGGUGGGGCAACUCGUUGCUUGGAUUCUUGGCUUUGGUAUUCAUCCCGAUUCCGAUUAUCUUCAUCAAGUACGGCAAGGUGAUUCGGGAGAGGUGGCCUGUCAACCUUGAUUGA